AUGAAUUCCCAGGAUUCGAGUCAGGCACACAGAAUUUGCAAACAAGCUUUUCAUUCCGUGGAUGAUUGUAGAAAGCUGACUUUUGCAGCAAAUACUCUGCCCCAUUUUAUUUGGGAGGAUAAUCAGUUGUCGAAACGAGGAACGCAAACAACGAAGCACAGCAUAAAUACAGACGGUGUGGAUACCUUACUGAAUGUGAGACGAGGACCUUGUGAAGGUGUUAAAAAGUGCACUGGUCCUGACAGUGCCUACGCUGUGUCAAACAGACAAAAACUUAAUCGAUGCAUACAGCACAAAGGUAACUUUUCUCUAGUUUCAACUAGACCAUGUCCUGAGCACAUGGUUUACAUAUGGCUGUGUAGCGACGAUGGAAGGUGAUGGGUUGGUAUUGUACCAGGCACUCAACAUAAUCACGAUAAACCAGCUCCGCAUGUCAUGUCAAGCAAAGUCAAAGAGGACAUUCAAAGGGUUGUAUCUAACGAUAGUAGUAAAACUACUAAGGAUAUUAUGAAAGGACUUGGAAUUGGUUAUGUUCCCGCCGAAGCUAGUGCACCUGCAGCUGAUCGUGUCAGGAAGGAAAGGAAAAUGGCACUUGGCAAGUUGAUGUCUGUUCAUAAAGAACUAUGCCCACUAGAUGAGGUUCUUUGUUUUGACAAAAUUCGAAAGAAAGUGGAAAGCAAACAGUUGUACGAUGACAGCACAAAUAUCAGCAAACAAGUGAACCGAAUGAUGGGACAAUACCAAAUGGAAGGAUGCAAAUACAUUUUCUCACCCAGUAGGAAGUACGCUUUUCUCUAUGGCUCCAUUUCAGUCAGCUCUUUUGAGUACAGUGGAGGACUUGCUCAUGGAUGUGACUGACACGGGAAACAAGUCUUUUCCAUACCUUUUGAACGUUGUAACUUUAAAUGAACAAACGUGUGUGUAUAACGCGGUAUCACGAGUGCUAUGCAGCAGACAUGACAGCAAAAGUUAUGCAAAUUCAAUAACAAAAAUUUUUGAAAAGGUUACAAAAGAUCACGCUCAUUUUUCGAAUGGCCAUAAUUUAAGGUCUAUUCUUGUGGAUUUCGAUGAUGCUCAAUAUAAGGGAUUGCAACAAUGCUUGGGCGGAGAGCUAGCAAAAAAAGUAAUCCAGGGAUGCAGUGUCCACUGGCAACGGUCAGUUAACCGAGUAUGUAAACUGGCUUACCAGAGUGAAGAUGAAAUUUGUGUGUUCAAAGCUUUAGCUAAGAAAAUUGAAGAAGAGCAAAACAAAGAUAACGUUUUGCUCAUUUUCGACGUGCUUUCAGGAUCUAGAACAUUACAAGAUGCAAGGCAGUUUGUCAAAGAAGACCUACUAUCAGAACUUAACAAAAUUGACAACCAUAAUUGGACAAGACUUAAGCACUGGAGUAAAUGGUGGUGUCAGGUGAAUCAUCUUACAAUGUUUACAAGGGCGUUUAUGGAAAUGAAAGAGAAAGAUUGGGAACAAGGGCCAUGUUCCACAAAUCCAGUCGAGUCUUUGAACAGACAAUCUUUACAGGAAGAUUGUACUAUUAUUCAAGCUUUGAUGGAAAACAUUUACCUCGAAGAUCGCCUACAUGCUGUAAAAACAGCAGCUUGCAAAGAUAACGUAACAACAUCAUACAAAGCAUCACCUAUUAAACCGAAAAACAAACGAAAGCGCACAAGUGUUGGUAAUUCAAAAGAUGAAGGUCCACCAGAUAAACGCAGACAUCUGCUUUCCAAUAAAAGGAUGCCGAGUGGACGAACUUUGAUCAAUCAUCUCAUUGAGGUGGAAUAUGACGAAAAGGACAAAUCAGGAAAGGUAACAAAGUAUUGGGGUUGGUGUAAGGGACAGAUAAUGGCGUAUCGAAAGAAUGCAGGGUACUUGGUUUUAUUUAUUUAUUUAUUUACUAGCUUUGUCAUAAAUGACUGGUGAUCCCUACAGGGCUUAUUGCCCCAUUCACAGGGUCCCUUAAACUAAACAUUUACUUCAAUUACAACACAUUUUAUCUACAAGGCUCGACAAAGGACGACACAAGUGACAUUUAACACGGACAGUUUUAAACGAUUGUGGUACAUUAAUGUCGUAUAUAAGUUCAGUCAUUUCGUGAUAAUAUUACAACAAGUAUGAUUUGAAUUGGCCAAUUGUGAUGUCAGCGUUACGGAUAUAAGAUGGCAAGCAAUUAUAUGUUCUAGGAGCUCUAUUAAAAUAGCUAUUUUGAAAAGUUAAAGUGUUUACUCCAGGAAUGUUAGUUCAAAUACUUUUAGUUGAAUUGUGUCUUGUGACACGACCACUAGACUUCACAACAAUGUUUGGAUCAUUUGACUUCAGAGCUUUGAAGAAAUAUACUCUACGUGGUACUCAUGCCAGUAGCACAAAGGCAGUAAGCCUGUUAAUAGCAGCCGAUCUUUAUAAUUGGUUUCAGACUGAAACAAUAAGGAUAAUAUAAACCUUGUUGGAUGCUGUUGUACUUUCUCGAGAUCAAGGAUACAUGCUACAGAUUGUGGUGACCAGACUUGUGAGCUAUACACGAAGUGACUUCGAACUAAUGUUUUAUACAGUGCUGUUCUUAUACGUGGAACGCGAAUGUUGGUUGAAGUCCUUCUUAUGAAUCCCAGCAUUCUGUUGGCCUUUGUACAUACAGCAUUAACUUGUUAAAUUUGCAGAUAUAAUAGACAGUAAUGGAAAUGUUGCUGAAGGGUGGUUGGACUGGAUAGAAGAUUUAGAGAGUAAUGACGUCCGUCUAAUAGAUCAGUGAAUUAGCAUUUGCAUGUUAACAGUUUGGUAGUUGAGUUGACAUUCUAUUUUCCUGUUAAACAAAGUAUUUAAAAAAUGAAGGCGUUCCCCAGUUUUACAUGCAAGAACCCUGAAUCCAGGCACUCAGGUAUAUAUUAUACCCUAUGCACUAUAUUUUCUUGGAGAUAAACUUAAUCUGCAUGGUGUUUUUACCUGUUAAAUUUACUGGAAGUAACUUCAAAUAUAGCAUUUUUGUCGCAAUAAACUGAUUAGCAUUGCCUUACUCAAUAUCACUUUUGUUUAAUUUAUUAAAGGUCCAGACACACCGGACGCGAUUCAACCAUGUGAUUUUUCGAUUUUCACUGACCGAUAACUUUCAUCCUAGUUUAAAUUUUCCAAAUGUUUAGAAGCGUUAUAACAUUUUGAGUUAUUUGGUCUACAAAUCUUUUAAAAUUUGCUCUCAUUGGCUGUUUUAUUAACUUUCAAAAACUAAAAAAUCGCAUUGCGUUGUCAAAUCGCGUUCUGACCUUAACAUGCAGCCAAAAGGGACAUCAAGGUGAAGUUUUUCUCCAAGAAAAUAUAUUGCAUUUUGUCUUACAAAAGUGUACUGAAUACAGCGAAACCCAGCAUAAAAGAACUAGUGGGUUAAGAAUUAUGCAAUCACUUAGAGAUUUAAAACUGUAGCAUCCAAAGAACUACGCACACCACACACUUUUUACAGGUAAACUAUGUGAAGCGUUCCUCUUCUGAGUUCCUAAGUUGAUUGCAAUUUUCGUAUUAUUUAGCGAAUUUGAAAAACUCACUUGCAAAUCCCUGGAAAUUUUCCUUAGUUCCUGAUAGAAGCUCUUAACUUCCUGUUACAAGUUGCAAUUGGCGAACAAAAAUAAUCCACCAGUGAUAACGCUCAGAACAGAACAGGAAUUUUGAAAGGAACUUUAUUUGCGUUGGAAUAUUGCAACGGCCGACAGGAAAAUUGCAAAUUCCCUUGAGGGAUUUGCGAAGAUUUUUCAAAUUUGCAAAUCUAAUUUUGAAAGUUCCAAAUGAGUUAGGAACACAAAAGAGGAAUGCUUCACAUAGUUUACCUGUAACAGUAACACUCAUCCCUAUAAAGGGUGUCUAAAAAAAAACGCUACGUAAUUUUAUAUUUCGCUAAUUUGUUUUGCUUCCCCUUACGCCGUAGUUUAACUGCCAUGGCGUUGAGUUUGUCUAAGGUACCUAUCUAUUAUGCACCUUUUCCUUUAUUUCUUAGAAUGACAUUGCUGCAUUGCUUGAACGGAUAAAAACUUUAGAGAGUUUCAGCCAGAUGUCCCAUCAGUCAUUUAUUACGCUUGUCUCAAUAUGGUUUAAGUAGUGCAUCUGAUUUUGACAAAUACCACACCCUCAAUUUAGCCAAAGCAAGCAGCAAGAGAAGCUCACCGCGUUCAUGACUCGAAGGCAUCGUUUUUGGAUGCAUCCAUUCAGACAUUGCGGUCUCAUGUUUCCAUCUCCCUUGACAAGUUUCAAGCCUAUUUCACUGCUUUAUUUUCUAACAAAGAUUAUACCAAGAUUCUUGAGUGUAUUGCUCGUGUUGAUAAAAGUGUUCCAGACAAAGGCACCGGCUUCUCGUUCCCCUGUUGAAAGGUCAUAUUCCCCUCGUCCUGCCUGCCGUGGUCGUGUCGUGUGUUUCCAUUGUGGCAUUCCUGGCCAUAUAGCCCCAAACUGCUUCAGACGUCGCAGUGAGUCUGGUUGGCAGAGCAAUGCUCCCUUCGGUCUGUACUUUGCACCAUAUCCGAGAUUGUUAGGACAAUCCCAACAGGACCAAUCAUCAAACAAUUCGCCACGGGGUUAGCAUGUUUCUAUGACAAACGUUUGAUCACGUUGUUGUGCACAUUCUUACAUUGUUAUACAUUUGCAUAACUCGUUAAUAAAAUUUGUUCUCUGCAUUUUUGUUUUUGUUUGUUUCUUUUUCUCCCCCCCCCCCUCUCUUCUGAAAGGUUGUCUUGCCUUUACUUGGGUGCCUUUUCUUUUUGACUGUUUGGAACAGGAAUCCAAUUCCUGCUCGGAUUACCGGGACUCAAAACUGUCAUCCCCUGGGUUCUGCAUUCAUAUUCUCUCUCUUACGUUCAUCUUUGUUCUUUCUUCUAACCUUCCGCCAAAAACGUACGUCUCGAAUCUGUAUUUCCCUUGUGGGAACCUGAUUUUCUCUACAUGAUAUAAAGCCUCCACCUCCACGUUGGGUUUGUUUUGACGGAUCGGACCCCGAUAAAUCCACUGGGAUGACAGAGAAUAAGGCCCAUAUACCCAAGCAGUUUCUUCAACAUGUUCUUCGUGGCGAACAACUUGCUGAUGUUACUCUUUAAGAAUUUUAUCCUGGCAUUUCCUUAUACAGAACUUUUGAAGGGAAAUCACCCGAUUAUUAGGUGUUUGAGUUUUGGUGUUUUGGGUUUCCUUGCGUUUGAGUGUUGGGUUUUCUUUGAGUUUUGGAGAUUUUCUGUGAGUUGGGUUAUCCAUGAGUCUUGAGGCAUGCAUCCCGAUGUGGCCGCCAGACUCCAUAACUCAAAGGAGUACGGGUAGGACCGGUGUAAAUAGGAUAUAUAUAUGAGUCACACCCAGAUAUAUGAGUCACACCCACUUUAGGUCAAGUGUCAGUUUGCUGAAGCAGGCUUUGUAGAACAACCGGUCUCAGAACAUACUUAAAUAAUAUACCUUGCUUUGUAUGUUCUCGGCAUUACCUGUACUCCGCAUCCUUCGGCCACUUCUUGUUUCCCACCCUUCCCACCUCGGGACAUUUCUUAUAUGCAUCACCAAACAAGUGGCUGCCAGACUCCAUAACUCAAAGGAGUACGGGUAGGACCGGUGUAAAUAAGGAUACUGUUAAAAACAACCUGUAUAUAUGCAUUAUGAUGUCACAAGGCUUGAUGCCUGCAAGGAAUGCUGGUCUUAAUAGUUAUCACCCGGGAAAAUGAAACAAUUCAAAAUGGCCACCAUCAAGAUUUUCCCUGGCGAUGACUAAUAAGACCAACAUUUCUUGUGGGCAUCAAGCCUUGUGACUUCAUUAUGCAGAAGGUCUAUUGUAUGCAUAUAAUGACCUUCUCAUGUUCAGCCAGUUAAUGACCUAAGUUGCUAGGGUAGUUUCAAACUUAAAAUACUUAAUGCUUAUGUAAUACCUAUAUAAUAUUGUAUGCCUAUUGAAAACAAUCUUUCACACUAACUUGAUCGUGUUUGAAUAGGUUUUAUUGAUUGAAUUGUCAUUUUAGUAUCAUUGUAAAUACUAUAAGUCAGUUGUUUUAAAUGGAAACAAAAAUUGCUAUUCAGGUUACCAAAGAUCGCAAGUUACCUUCAAGACUAAUUGAUUACAGAGCAGAAAUGGAAGAGACUCAAACGGUCUUGGAAACUGUAUUAGGCCAAAACGAAGAUAAAGACCAGGAAAUUCAACAUAUGCAAGAGGAUUCUUUCCCUGAUAAAGCUGAAGAAAGCCCCUCAGAAAAACAACCAUGUUGUCAAGAUAUGACCCUGGAUUGGUGA